AUUUCACCACCAUAUGAUAAUGAUAUGGCCCUUUCCUUUUGCUUUGGCAUAAUAGCAUAUGGAAUUGUCAUCAUACUAAGCACUCUCAACUCUCCCUUCUUCUCCCUCUUUCUCUCUCUUCCUCUCCCUACACUUCCACGCUCAAGGCCCCUCAAACUAUCACGCCACCACUUACCCAAAAUUAUCAUCUCACUUUGCCAUUUUUCUACUCAUAAACUUCAUUCCUGCUUCAUCUUCACUUUUUCUUUUUCAAAGAAACAAAAACACCAUAGAAAAAGAAGCUUAUUUCUUCUUGUUCAACAUGAAAUCACUCUCAUUCUACUCACAUCAACGUAUCCUUUACCAUUUCUCACUUCUUUGCAUGGCAUUUUCCUUAACAACAUCAUUAUCUCAUGCAUCAACACCAUUAAAUGAUGCAGAAUCUCUUUUAGCCUUCAAGAAAAUGAUAGACAAUGAUCCAACUAAAGUCUUAGAAAGUUGGGAAAUGAGCAAAAAUAAUCCUCUUUGUACAUGGCAAGGUGUAAACUGUUCAUCUGAUGGCCGUGUUGCACAACUUGACCUUAGUUGGCGCUUCCUCACUGGAAACAUCACCUUUGAUGCCUUUUCUUCCUUAGACAUGUUAGUUUCCUUAGACUUAUCAGGAAAUUCUUUCUAUAUCAACUCUACUUCUCUUCUUCGGCUUCCGAAUUCGAUACAGCAACUCCACUUCUCGGCUUCUGGCCUUCAGGGAGUUCUUCCAACCAACUUGUUAACUCUUUAUCCAAAUCUAAUCUCUGUUGAUCUUUCUAGUAAUAACUUAACUGGGUCUAUUUCAAAAGAACUUCUGAGUUCACCCAGUAUUAGUAAACUGCAACUUUUUGAUUUGUCUGUUAAUAAGAUUUCUGGGUCUCUUUCAUUCUUUGAUAUUUUAAGUGUUAAUACUAAUUCCUGUGAAAGUCUUCAGACUCUGAACCUUUCUAGUAAUCAGUUUAGUGGGAAGAUUCCUUCUUACUUGGGUAGUCUGCCAAGUAUACAGACAAUCGACCUGUCUCAUAACUACCUUGCAGGUCCUAUCCCUGCAGAAGUAUGGCAGUCUUGUGGGUCCCUUACUGAGCUUCAUUUGGCUUAUAACAAUUUGACAGAUGUAAUUCCUGCUGAGUCUUUGUCAUCUUGUAAAUGGCUUCAGAUUCUGGACCUGUCAAACAAUAACCUGUCAGGUCCAUUUCCAGGACAGGCCUUACAGGGUCUGCAGUCUCUGGAGAUGCUUGUCCUGAGCAACAAUGCGAUUAUGGGAUCUUUUCCUGGGACUAUAUCGUUGUGUGCAAAGCUGAGGGUGGUGGAUUUCAGUUCCAACAGACUGUCGGGAUCGAUCCCGUCAGACUUGUGUUUGGAAGGUUCUUCCUUGGAGGAGCUACGGGUGCCUGAUAACCUUUUAGCGGGUAGAAUACCGCCAGAAUUGUCCAAGUGCUCGAGUUUGAGGACAGUGGAUUUUAGCUUGAAUUAUCUGAAUGGCAGUAUUCCUGGGGAGAUUAGUAAGUUGGGGAAUCUUGAGCAGUUUUUUGUUUGGUAUAAUGGGUUAGAAGGCGAAAUCCCACCAGAAAUCGGGCAAUGUAGUAAGUUGAAAGAUCUUAUACUGAACAACAACCGUUUAAGUGGAGAGAUUCCAAAAGAGUUGUUCAAUAUUAGUAACUUGGAGUGGGUUUCCUUGACUUCAAAUCAGCUUACAGGACAAAUUCCGAAAGAGUUUGGGCAGUUGCAGAGGCUUGCUGUUUUGCAGCUUGGCAAUAACAUGUUUUUUGGACAAAUACCUACCGAGUUGGCAAGUUGUAGGACUUUAGUUUGGCUUGAUUUGAAUAGCAAUAAUCUUACUGGUGAAAUCCCACCUAGGCUCGGUAGACAGCCAGGAAAUCCCAAGUUGUAUGGGAUUUUAUCAGGAAACACCUUAGUGUUUGUCAGAAAUGUUGGCAAUUCUUGCAAAGGUGUUGGUGGGUUGCUCGAGUUUGCGGGGAUUCGUCCUGAGAGGCUGCUUCAAGUACCUUCCCUUAAGAACUGUGAUUUUACAAGAUUGUACUCGGGUCCGAUCUUAAGUUUGUUUACUCAGUAUCAAACUUUGGAGUAUCUUGAUCUUUCUUAUAAUCAACUCCAUGGCAAAAUCCCAGAUGAGUUUGGUGAUAUGGUGGCAUUACAAGUGCUUGAAAUUUCGUACAAUCAGUUAUCUGGAGAGAUCCCUUCAACUCUCGGCAAUCUAAAGAACUUGGGUGUUUUUGAUGCAUCUUAUAAUAGGUUGCAGGGAAACAUCCCAGAUUCAUUUUCCAAUCUCUCAUUUUUGGUUCAAAUUGAUUUGUCUAAUAAUCAAUUAACAGGCCAAAUUCCACAAAGAGGGCAGCUUAGUACACUUCCAGCCAGCCAGUAUGCAAAUAAUCCCGGCCUUUGUGGGGUGCCUUUGCCUGAAUGCAAGGAUGAAAGCGCGGGGAGUAAUCCAGCAGGAGACAGUACAGGGAUCGAGAAAGGACGAUCAUCUAGAUCAUCAUUGACUAACAGCAUUGUGCUAGGAUUGUUGAUUUCAAUUGCAGCUGUGUGCAUUUUGAUUGUUUCAGCCAUUGUAUUCCGUGCAAAGAGAAAAGAAAAAGAGGAUGCUAAGAUGCUGCAUAGUCUUCAAGCAGCCCAUGCUGCAACCACAUGGAAGAUAGAAAAAGAGAGGGAGCCAUUGAGCAUCAAUGUGGCUACUUUUCAAAGGCAACUAAGGAAGCUCAAGUUCUCUCAGCUUAUAGAGGCUACUAAUGGAUUUUCAGCAGCGAGUAUGAUUGGUUGCGGAGGAUUUGGGGAGGUCUUCAAGGCCACAUUGAAAGAUGGAUCAAGUGUUGCAAUUAAGAAGCUUAUAAGGCUUAGUUAUCAAGGAGAUAGAGAAUUUAUGGCCGAGAUGGAAACUUUAGGCAAAAUCAAGCAUAAGAAUCUUGUCCCACUCUUAGGGUACUGUAAGGUAGGGGAGGAAAGACUUCUUGUAUAUGAAUUUAUGGAGUAUGGUAGUCUGGAAGACAUGCUUCAUGGGAGAGGAAAAGGAAAAGAUAGGAGAAUUCUCACAUGGGAAGAAAGAAAGAAGAUUGCGCGAGGAGCAGCCAAAGGUCUUUGCUUCCUUCACCAUAACUGCAUUCCACAUAUAAUACACCGUGAUAUGAAGUCUAGUAAUGUGUUGUUAGACCAUGAAAUGGAGUCUAGGGUGUCCGACUUUGGCAUGGCAAGACUCAUAAGUGCCCUUGAUACUCACUUGAGUGUGAGCUCAUUGGCCGGGACUCCAGGGUAUGUUCCACCCGAGUACUAUCAGAGCUUCCGCUGCACUGCAAAGGGUGAUGUGUACUCGUUUGGGGUUGUCUUACUAGAGCUUCUAACAGGGAAGAGGCCAACUGACAAAGAUGAUUUUGGGGAUACCAACUUGGUUGGAUGGGUGAAGAUGAAAGUCAGAGAAGGAAAAGGAAUGGAAGUUAUUGAUUCAGAGUUGCUUAUAGUCACCAAAAAAACGGAUGAGGCAGAAGCAGAGGAAGUGAAAGAGAUGGUGAGAUAUCUUGAUAUCACCAUGCAAUGUGUCGAUGAUUUCCCUUCCAAGAGGCCUAAUAUGUUGCAGGUUGUUGCCAUGUUAAGGGAGCUCGUGCCCGGUUCAUCUAGCUCGAGCCAUAGUAGCUAAUAAAAUCAAUAUAUCAGGCAGCUUAACUUCUGAGAUCUUUCUGCUCUUGGACAGUUACAGAAAUUCUUCAGUUUGUUAUCAAUAGUGUGUUACUUUUUGGAUUCAUAGGGCUUGAUAAUUUCUCUGAAACAUUUUUUUUACUAUUGUCUGAUUAAUAGAAGUUUAGCAAAAUUUCAAGUUAUUUGGAUAUGAGAUGAGAAAUGUGCCAGAUUAGUUGAUAUCAGUCUGUAAAUGUAGCUCUGUAUCUGAAUGUGCAAGCUCUGACAAUGUAAAUAUCAUGUAAAAUCAACAUAUGAUGCUAUAUCUAUAUUAUAUUAAUAAUAUGAUUUGAGUUUUUUUU